UCUUCCUGUAGUGCAUUUGCAACGGCUGCAGCAAGCAGUGAAAGUAAACUGGACCGUUCGUUGAAGCGUUUGGACGAAGAUGUGCGCAGAUCGGGUCGAAUAUCACGGCGCGAUCUGGAGGAGGUGUUGGAGGAGAUUCGCACCAAUCGCUCGGCCAGUAGCGCUCAGUCGCUGCUCGUUAUCCGGUAUUGUGGCAAUCUGGUUCCAGAAGAGCUUCCAGAAGUGCGGACGGCUUUGGUGCAAGAGAUAUGGAAAACAUUGAAGCACCUUAACGUGGCCAUGGACGUGUCCCAUUACAAUGCUCUGUUGCGUGUGUACCUCGACAACGAGGAUUCCUUUUCUCCAACUGAAUUUUUGGCCGAACUUCAAUCGAACGGCAUCGAACCGAACCGUGUCACGUUCCAGCGGCUAAUCUCGCUCUACUGCCAGCAGGGCAACAUCGAAGGGGCCACCAAAAUAUUGGAAUACAUGCGCGAGAAGCAGCUACCGGUGAAUGAGUAUGUGUUUAACGCGCUCAUUAUGGGUCACUCGCAGGCGGAUGAUCUUGAAUCGGCCACCGGCAUUCUGGUGGUAAUGUCGCAAGCCGGAUUGCAACCGUCGGCCGAUACCUACACUACGCUGCUCUGCGGUUACGCUCGUAAAGGCGAUAUUGAGUACAUUACAAAAACGAUCGACAGUUGCGAGCAGAAGGAAAUCUUCCUUAUCGACAAAGACCUUCUGGAGAUUGUGUAUGCGCUCGCUACGAACGGCCACCCGGAAAACGUGGAUCCGUUGCUGGAGCGAAUUCGGCGCCAGGCAGGCUACAACCAGGAUGCGGUUAAUGUGAUCUUACGUCUGAUCAACAAGGGCCAAGAAGAGGUGGGCUUGAAGUUGCUGCGUACAAUACCACAGGCAUCGAAAAACGACGGCGAACUGGCCAACACAGGCAGCUUUUUGGUACGCCAGCUGGUGCGGGCCCAGCGCCCUGCUGAACGUUUGAUCGCCGUAUGUCGAGAGCUGCAGGAAGGUGGCAUGAAUGAUCGAGCUCUACUGAUCGCACUGGAGACAGCACUUAAGAUUGGUGCGGUUGAGACAAGUUUUGCGUUGCUCGAGGAGCUGGUUGCCCAGCAGCAACCGAUUCGGCAGCACUUUUUCUGGCCCCUUCUUUGUGCCAACAGCGCGAAGAUGUCGAAGGAAGCGCGCAUGGAGCAAGUGCUGCAGGUGUUGCGGCAGAUGAGUGAAAAGUUCAACCUCAAUCCGAGCAGUGAAACGAUCCGCGAAUAUGCUGUACCAAAUCUUCCGGUAAACAACAGCGAGCUCAGCAUCCAAUUGCUCCGUAGUGCUGGCAUUUCGCCGGCAGUGGCCAGCAGCAGUUGUGCGCAUUAUGCUCUGGAGAGCAACAAACUAAAAGACGCAGCCAAUAUUGCUUCGCGCUACCGGGCGUACUAUCCUCCCGGAGUUUUCCGGAAGCCGUUAGUGCAGGCUUUCAAUCAAACGCGAGAUUACGAUUCUUACGUACGCUUCUCGCGCGCCCUUUACGAUGG